UUACAGAAUAAAAAGUGGAUAGUGGUGCACGUGCCAAAGGAUGGCCCGGUCACGAUCUAGAUCUCCUAGGUGGAAGCACAGGUCUUUAUCACCACUACCUAGAAAUUUUGAAUACUACAAUCAAAGAAAUUCUCAUGAGCAUUAUGACUGUGACUAUAGAAAAGAUCUGAAAAGACCCAUUGCUUGGAGAAUGGACAAUGAGAAACAUGAACAGAGUAAACCAAGGAUUCUCCCUCGUGGAAAUCUGUAUUAUCGAUCUUAUGAACAUAGAUCACCUUCCCCAAACAUAAGAAACUCUUUAGAAAAUUUUUACACAUAUAAGCCUCACCGAGUAUAUUCACCUGGAAGAGGGGAUGGUAACAGAAGAUCUCAGUACAUGCCCACAUACUCAGAGAGUGUGCCCUACAUAGAUCAUGAGAGAAAUUGUUAUCCCCACAAAAUGCAAGGAGGGUAUGUUCCUGAUGAUCACAGAGUUAGGGGAAGUGGGCGAGGAGGGAAACCACCUGAGAGGUCAGUAGCAGAUUCCUUCAGAUUUGAAGAAAAGUGGCAUGAAGAUGAGUUGAGACACCAGAGGAUACAAGAAGAAAGAUAUUCUCAGUCACCUAGAAGAGGCUCAGAAGACUUUGACACAAGGAGCUCUUUUCAGAAGAGGUAUCCUGAGGAGCGUGAUUUCAGAAAAUAUGGACACACAUCAAAAAGACCUAACGAUGUGGUGAGGUAUGAAAACAGAGAGCCUGCCAGGAUCCCAAAAUGGAAGCCCGAGCAUUCUCUUCCACCUUACCAAGAGAAGACAGAUCAGUGGAACUUUGGACUUCAAACUCACCGAUAUGCUGAGAGGGAAUACCCAGAGACCAGUUCAGCAACCAAAGUAUCCUUCGAUUAUCGCCACAGACAUCAUAAGCUUUCAGAUAGUGAUCAAGACUUUUCUGAUGGAAGAAUCCAGAAGUACUCAAAAGAAGAAGAUAGAAAAUACAGUUCUCAAAAAGGCUCUGUAAAUAGAGAGUCUGACUGUUUUAAUGCUGGAAGAGGGAGAGAAACUGAAGAUGAACAAGUCAAAGAACCUUUUAAGCCAUCUAAGAAAGACUAUGAUGCUUAUGCUAAUUUAAAUAAAAAUGAAUUUGAUUUGAAGCCCUAUAAUGACAAACAGAAGAAAAACAUAAAGAAAGGAGAGGAUUGCAGAAAAGAGAGCAACUUUGCUGGUAACCAACUUGGUACAAGUCAAAAACCUUCUGAUGUGAAACCCUCAUUUGUUGAUCUUAAGAAGAAAUUGCUUACAAUUAAAAUAGAUAUGAAGGAAACAGACACAUUCAGGAAAAUUGAGACCUUUCAUCCAGUGUUUGAACAUCUUGACUCAACUCAGAAUGCUGAACACAAAACUAUACGAGAAUUUGCUCAGGAAAUCAUAACAAUAAUCCAUCAAGUUAAAGCAAAUUAUUUUCCAUCGCCUGACAUCACUCUACAUGAGCGUUUCUCAAAAAUGCAAAAGACACAUAAUACAGAUGUAAAUGAAACUAAAUUGAAUUCAGAUCCAGAAAUUCACAGGAGAAUAGAUAUGUCUUUGGCUGAUCUUCAAAGUAAACAGACUGUGGUAUAUGAAUCAGAUCAG